CCUGCUACUAACUUGACUUGUGUAAACUCGUGUUGUUACUGGUUGAGGGCGAUGAGUGACCGGACGCUGGAGUACUUUCUGAGUCUGAAUCAGAUAACGAAGAAAGACGCUAGCGAGGUGAAAUGGUCGCACGCAGUGAACAGCAGGAGCAGACUGACAGAGGCUCUGACAGUUCUUCACUGACCCUUUUAGGUCCCAUGCAUAUGUUGGAGGCUGACAUAAUCAUAAGAGGUCGUGACCCCAAAGAGCCAGUCAUGGCACAUCCCCCUGACACAGACAGUGACAUCACACUGAAGGAGUGGCUGGAAGCAGUGAAGGCAUAUGACAAGGGAAUCAAACUAGACUUUAAGAGCCUGGAGGCAGUGUCUCCGUCUGUGGCCCUGCUGGAGGCGGUGCUGGCUGAGACGAGCCGUCCUGUGUGGAUCAACGCAGAUAUUCUGUCUGGUCCUGGUGGACAGGCCACACCGCUGGAGCCUCAGGCUUUUCUAUCUGCCAUCAGAACUCUUCCCACUCACACCGUGCUCUCCCUCGGCUGGACUACAGGAUGGACUGCUGGGACAGAUAACCCAGGUUACAGCUGGGACAUGGUGCGUGUGAUGGAGGAGAUAUGUAGAACCCUUACACAUCCUGUCACUUUCCCAGUUCGUGCAGCUCUCCUGUCCCAGUCCUUCUCCCAGCUCAAGUGGCUGCUGCAGCAGUCAGACAGGUACACUCUAACUGUGUGGACUGGCAGGAAUGACGUGGUAACACUGCAGGACUUGCUGCCCUACAAAAAAGAGAUCCACAUCAGCAGGAUCUACUAUGACCUGGACUUGUGAAGGACAGAGCUCAGCGUGACGUCCGCUGUAAACACUGAGAAGCUGUCUGGCUGUGGCU